AUGGACACAGCCAGCCAGCUCAUGCGCAGCACGGCCAUGCCCCUCCCUCGUAUCACCACAGUCAUCAGAACGGCGUGCAAGGGUGGUAUGGCAACUCGUCCUCGCAAGCUCAGGAAGCACCUGCCGCAUCCAAUUAUGUGCAUACCACUUCCGGUGGUCGAUCCCCUGACGGCACUCAUCAAAGCAGACUAG